GCUUAAGAAAAAGUUCCAACAAGCUUGAGCGUGAUAAAACACUGAGACACUCAGACAGAAGACAAGGCCGCUAAAAGGUUGGGCGAAUAUACUCUGAAGUCAUGAAGCGCAAAGAAAGCCAAAGAUUUUGCGUGUUGAUGCUCCUGCUGUGCCUGUCUGUGGGCGAGGAAAUGGUGAAUGCAGACAGUGACCCUCAGCCCAACUUUGUCUUGAUGAUGGUGGAUGAUCUGGGUAUUGGGGAUAUAGGAUGUUAUGGCAACGACACUAUAAGAACUCCUAACAUUGACAGACUUGCCCAGGAGGGAGUGAAGCUGACGCAGCACAUUGCUGCAGCCCCCCUAUGCACUCCCAGCAGAGCAGCCUUCCUGACAGGGAGAUAUGCGCUUCGAUCAGGAAUGGCCAGUACAGGGAGGGUACAGGUGCUCUUGUGGACAGGAUGUGCAGGGGGCCUCCCUUCAAAUGAAACAACAUUCGCCAAGAUACUGCAGGAACAGGGCUACACGACGGGGAUUGUAGGAAAGUGGCAUUUGGGAAUGAACUGUGAGAGCAGAAAUGACUACUGCCAUCACCCAAACCACCAUGGUUUUGACUACUUUUACGGUCUGCCUUUCACCCUGUUCAAUGACUGCAAGCCGGGGGAAGGGACAGAUGUCUUGGCUGACGUGCAGGAGAAGAUGAGACACGUGUUUCAGCUGCUGGCCUUGGCAGUGCUGACUUUGGUCUGUGUGCAGCUCACUGGCUUGUCCCCAGUCCGCUGGAGGGUUAUAGCUCUGCUGGCAGUACUCUACGCCCUGGGCUUCGGCCUGUGGUACUUCCCCUUCGGACUCCUGCAGACUUGGAACUGCAUUCUUAUGAGGAACCAGGAAGUCGUCGAGCAGCCUAUGAACUUGGAAACCGUUGGAGAGCGGCUUGUAAACGAGGCAGAAAGUUUUAUCAAAAGGAAUCAUGAGAGACCAUUCCUCCUGUUUCUCUCCUUCGCCCACGUCCACAUUCCAUUGAGCCCUUCGAAGGACUUUGCAGGGAAAAGCAAGCAUGGGCUGUAUGGGGACAGCGUUGAAGAGAUGGACUGGAUGAUAGGCAGGAUUGUGAAUUUAGUUGAAAACCUGGAGCUGUCUAGAAAGACUUUGAUGUAUUUUACAUCUGAUCAUGGUGGGCACAUCGAAGAUAGAGAUGCCCGUGGGCAGAAAGGAGGCUGGAAUGGAAUCUACAGAGGAGGUAAAGGCAUGGGAGGCUGGGAAGGGGGUAUCCGUGUCCCUGGGAUAUUCAGAUGGCCUGGAAAGCUGCCCGCUGGCAGGGUGAUCGAUGAACCAACCAGCCUCAUGGAUGUGUACCCAACUCUUGCCGGCCUUGCCAGAGGAGAGCUGCCGAAAGACAGGAUUCUAGAUGGCCGUGAUUUAAUGCCUUUACUGGAAGGCAAGGUUCAGCGCUCAGAGCACGAGUUCAUGUUUCACUACUGUGGGGCGUAUUUAAAUGCAGUCCGCUGGCAUCCUCAAAACAGCAAGGAUGUUUUCAAGGUGCAUUUGCUCACCCCUAAUUUUAGCCCCAAGGGAGCAAUCGGCUGUUAUGACACCAAAAUAUGCCAUUGUCACUUAGGGUUUGUCACCCAUCACGAUCCACCCCUGAUUUUCAAUCUGUCUGAAGACCCCUCUGAGUCCAUGCCGCUGUCUCCCACUGGAGAUCCCCGUUUCCCGGAAAUUCUCCGCAGGGUCCGGGAGGCAAUCGAAAAGCACCGGGAGACGCUCACCCAUGUCCCCCAUCAGAUGUCUUGGAGGAACAUCCUGUGGCGGCCGUGGCUCCAGCCGUGCUGUGGAACCUUCCCUUUCUGCUCCUGCGUUGAAAAACACAACUGAAUCCCGUGACGGCUCUGCUGGCACAGUCGAGAGCAUGGCUGCUGUGCUGGAUGACAGGGUAGUGUUAAAUAAGCAGAACCAGGGCACCUUCAGAUCUGUUAUAUAGGCGAGUACAGGACAACCGACACACAUACACAACUGUCAAGCUCAAAAGAGCACUCUUUAUUUACAGUGAGGGAACCAAAAAAACACCUCACCAAAUAUCACAACAAAAGCCGAAGCUCCACUUGAGCUACCAACUUGAACUCCUUUUGUCCCUAACUGUUAUACCGAGUGGCUAAGAUCCUUACUGGCUUUUCAAAGGAACAAGUCUUCAAAACUUUGUCUACCUUAAAACUCUUCACAAACUUACACUCACAAAAAACUCCCAAAAUUCAGUUUCACAAAACUCACACAUUCCUCAGGCCUACAGUCCCAUGGUCAGACCUUCCGCCUCUGGUGAAUGGAGAACACAGAAGAUGACUCAGAAAGCUUCCUGCUUUCUAAACAUGCACCUGACCAGUUACAUUCCAGGAACUGGUCACGUGACUGGGAGAAACAGCACUUUCCCCAAAAACUUCUUGGGGAAUGUGAUUCAUUCAAGUUGGCCUUCUUGUCUGAACCUGCUGCGCUCUUAAAGUUGGGACAGAGUGCUUGUACAUAGCAGUGAAAACCAAACAGCACAAGCAGUGUGAGAAGAAUUCAAGCAUAUUGUACUGUAUAAAGUCAAACUGUACAUCACGUGGCAUUUGUUGCACUGUGUAUUUUAAAAUGUACAUAUGGACUGUGGUAAAUAAAAACAUCAUUAUAACACAGUUUAAGAUGCUUAUAUGUUUUUGGUUAACAUGGAGGCCCUCCCAGUACAGCACACAAAAGAGAAGUUGAUCCUUAGGCUACUGACUUACUUUCCAACAUGCUUUCUGUUCACAGGGCGUUCAAUAGAAACAGUAGUGUAGUGUUUUACUUAUUGAAUAUAGCCCAGAAAUUGUAACCAAAGGGUAAAGGGUUAAAUACAUUAAUUUGGACAUUUAUUGUGUAAGGAUAAACCCACACAGUGUCAUAUGUGGGUUUGGAAUUGUAGCUCCCAUUAACAUACAUUUGAUAUACUGCAUUAUUAAAUCUUUUCAUAUUACUUUCUUUUUUCAUCUUGAUUCUUGUUAACUAUUUUAUUUUUUUCAGUAAAAGCUGGUUUUAAAAUACUUGAUCGUUAUCAUGACAACAUAAAAUUAAGAGGUAGAAAAUGUGUGGAAUAGCCCCUUGUUUUGCAUGUUUAUCACUGUUACCUGUAACUUUAUGAUGUGUUGUGUUGAAAAAAUGUGUUCAAGAAAACAGAUUAUAGACCACCCCCCUUGUUUGCAAUGUUUUGCAAAUCACUAAUGGGAGAAACUGUACCUCAUUGGCUGCAGGAGACACUGUGGAUAUAUUUUCUGGAAUACCACAUACCACUUUUCUCAACAAAUCUUAUAAGGAUCCUUGUUCAGAGGAGAGCUAUCAGCCAAGAAUCUACAAUCCAUGAUAGCUGUCAUUAAAAAACUUAACUAAUAAUGGCCAAUCAUAUGUUCCCUAACAGGCCCCUCACAGCAGGACAUAUCCGGCUCAUAUAUUACCCAUCUAUACUGUACAUAGGCGGCCUCUGUAAAGUCCCAGCAUACUUGUGCCGUUUCUGCCAGAGGAACUAUUUUUUCCAUGAAUGUGAUUCUGCUUUUGGGUAACAAUGCUGACUUGAAAUAGAUCUAUAUUGAAUAGGAUAAUAUGCCAACCCUUGUGAAAUCAAUGCAGUACACUUUUACAGUGUCUAUUAUUCUCCUUCAGGGUUUUAGAAUUAAUAAAGUGUUAUUUGAAUCUGAUGUCUGAUCCUCUGUUUUAGGGAAGAAAAUGUCCAAUGAUAAAAAAGGCUGUUAUAACCCAUGUUCUGCAAAAAGUGUAAUUAUGUCGACUCACAGUUGUAAGCUACGUGCAACAUUGUGUAUGAAGGUCAUUUACCAAAUGUUUGUCAAUCUAAUCAUGCAGCACCACUGUGUUAAUGAAUAUCCCAUUCCAUGGGAUUCAGGCUUCCUUCCUUCGUUAUACGCUCCACUAAAUUAAAAACUUUCAGACUUAUUGCCUGAACUGAAUCCAAAAUUGACUUUGGUGCUUGUGCAGUAAAUGAACAGAAAAUGAAUAAUUUCAGACUUUUCUUAAAACUGAAGAUAGCAAUCUCAUAUCAUCCAUGUUGAAGAGUUGUUCUGGUUUGAUUUGCUUUGUAAAAUGUCAAUAAAAUUGUGAUGGUU